UAGAUGAGGUGCCACUCACAGCUCUUAUCACAGAAUCCACAUCUUCUCUGCCGUCAACCUGCUCCAGCAUCAUGACAAACUUGGGUUCUUCAACUGAAAUUGUGACAUGGGAUGAUUUGGGCCCAUAUUUUUUGGAGGACAUAUUUGAAAACGCAACAUUCCCUUCUGAAGCUGAAUGCUGUGACGGUGGACAGGGUGAUGUGUGCAACCUGACCGAGGGCGUGAAUUUCGAGGGAGUGUUCAUCCCAGUUCUCUACUCAGUGGCAUUCUGUGUGGGUUUUCUGGGAAAUGGAGUACUGCUGGUAGUUCUGGCUCGAAGCUGGAGAACGUGGAGUGUGACAGACAACUUCAUCGUCCACCUUGGUGUGGCAGACACUCUGCUGCUCUUGACGCUGCCUUUGUGGGCUGCACAGGCCUCUCAGGAAUUAGGAUGGACCUUUGGCACUCCCCUCUGCAAGAUGACUGGAGCUGUUUUCACGAUUAACUUCUACUGUGGGAUCUUUCUGCUGGCUUGCAUCAGUCUGGACCGUUACCUGUCCAUCGUCCAUGCUGCCCAGAUGUACUCCCGCCACAACAGCUGGGUGGUACAGGUCAGCUGCCUGUCAGUGUGGAUCUUCUCCAUGCUCCUCUCUAUCCCUGACUGGAUAUUUCUGGAAGCCCUGAACAACACAAGGCGAAAUAAAAUAGAGUGUGUUCCUAACUACUAUCGGCAUGGUUCUCAAGCCGUUGCCGAUUGGCGUAAAGCAUCACGCCUGCUCUACCACGUUGUGGGCUUCCUGCUGCCUUCAGUGAUCAUGAGCUUCUGCUACUUCUGCAUCCUGAGGCAGCUGAGGUAUGGCUCUCAGGGCUUCCAAAAACAGAAGGCCUUCAAGGUCAUCAUGGCUGUGGUGGUGGUCUUCUUCGUCUGCUGGAUGCCAUACAACAUCACACUCAUGGUGGACACAUUCCGUUCCAGGGGCAAUAGUGAGACCUGUGGAGUCAAAUCAUCUUUGGAAAAAGCCAUAAUAGUCACAUCCACUCUGGGCUACUUACACUGCAGCCUCAACCCUGUCUUGUAUGCUUUUGUGGGUGUGAAGUUCAGACGUCAACUUUUGGAUAUCCUCAGGUCUCUUGGCUGCAAGCUGAAGUCGAGUGUCAGGCACCCAUCUGCCUCCAGCAGGAGAAGCUCCUUUUGGUCUGAGUCUGGAGACACCUCCAACUCGGUUGCUAUCUGACAAAGACAGACUGACAUCCAGCAUGCCGACACACACACACACACACACACACACACACACACACACACACACACACACACACACACACACACACACACACACACACACACACACACACACACACACACCAAAGUAGGAAAAAUGGUCAGGGCAACCGAGAUGUCACAUUUCACUUUGUACAUUUCACUUCACACAUUUCUCAAAAACGUGUGAAGUUUUGACUCACUGGGUGCAAUGUUGAGAAAUGCUGGUUUCUCAGAAUGCAAAAGAUGAAGAACCACACAUACUUUUCUGGGUCAACGUUCAAAAUUUCUCAGUCGCCCCUCAUACUAAGUCAAAAAUGUGCAUUAUUUCUGUCAAGUGUGCUGGUAACAUGAUUUGCAAUGUUCAUAUUUCUGCAGCUGAACAUGUAUGUGACUUGAGAUAACAAAAGAUAACUUUGAAAGUUUUAAGGUCAUGCAACUGCACAUAUGUUUUGUAGAUCUAUUUUCUAUAUAGUAUACAAAUAAUGUUUAUGAGUUCAAUGGUCAUUGAAUGGUACAUUCCAUUUUUCACCAAAUUAAAUAUUUGUU